CGUCUGCAGCCUUACAGCAGUCUGCGUCCUGUCUUCGACAAGGGAAUACUGUUCUGUGUGAGUUUAGUCCACUAUUGCUGGGGCGUGUUUCGUUCAAUACUCAUUUCACUUAACAAGAUAACUAGAAGGGUGUUUAUGUGUAUUGUGCGAUAAACAAUUUUCUAUCGGCAGUAGUGGCAGUUUCUCUUGUACAGGCUCCAACAACGCACACAAGUUCGGAUUCUGGCAAGCUCCAUAGCCUAGUUUGACGUCAUUGGCCAUCGACUCCUACCCACCACCCGAGAUACACACACACAGCACACAAUCGAUUUUCCUAGAGGUUUACAGACAGCUUUUCUGAGAGCUGGUUCGCGAUGGACCCAGAGAAAGUACCUCACUUCGCAUCCGCACAGGAGGAAGCACGAUAUUGGAGAUUAAAAGCCGAAGAAUUCCAGAGAAUUGGUGAAGAUGCCAGACUAGAGUUGGAAGAAUAUCAGGAAUCGAGUAGAGAACUAGAAGCCGAGUUGGAGACUCAAAUCAAACAAGCCGAACACCAAGUCCGUGAAUUACGAUCCAACAAUCACCGGUUAUUAAUUGAACACAAUUCUUUGAAAGAAAAAUUCGAAGCACUCAGUCGAGAGCACCACACUCGAGUGAACGAGCUGGAAACGCAUGUGCAUCAACUACGAGCCAAAAACGAAGAUACAACCAAGCGAAUCAGACAGCUAGAGCAAACCAACGAUGAUCUAGAACGAGCGAAUCGAGCGACGCUGGGAUCGUUAGAAGAUUUCGAGACGCGGCUGCACACGGCCAUCGAGCGCAACGCAUUCCUCGAGUCCGAACUAGACGAUAAAGAGUCGCUGGCCGUUAUGGUCCAACGGUUAAAAGACGAAACCAAAGAUUUGAAGCAAGAACUUCAGGUUCGGCAGAAGGCCAUUCACGAGACACCGGACAACGAAAAGCAAGAGAAAGCCGUUGUAGACGAAAACGAAAAAUCGGAUCCGACGAAAUCGCCGCUGGCCUACCCUGCGAGCAAUAACAACAACAAACUGCCCUCCAGCGUGCCCCUCAAACCAUUGGCAGUGACCGACACGGGAAUCACUCAGGCAGCCCGGCAUUCCGCCUUGAACAUUGUUGGAGAUUUGCUUCGACGAGUUGGGUGUUUAAGGCAGCAGCUCAGCAACGUCCAAAAUCCAUCACCUGGAGUUUACUACCCACUCUUUCCCAGGCGUUAGAGAACAAAUUAUCAACGUGCCGGACUAUGGUGAAGGAGGGCAACGGGACGGUCAAGGAAGCUACUAGGUGACGAUGCAAUCUUCUCUCUCUUCUCUCUCUCUCCGCUGACCUAUAAACAAAUAGUUUUUUUUUUCUUUCUCCAAUUAUUUCGAAUUUCAUUUGAUUUGAACGAUAUCAUUUUCAUUGCCAUCACCAUUAGGGGGAAAUUGUUGAGUCGUGCAACUUCGACGGCAGCGCCGGUGCAGAGUAUCAUUCGAGCUUAACUAGUUCCAAUUAUUGACGAAAAUUUACAUCAACCGAAGCAAAAAAAAAUAAUUAAAAAUAAAUUAAAAAGGCAGGGCAAAUAAAGAAAUAGAAAAAAUCGACAAAAGUGACGAUCGCUUGACAUUGAAAACAAAAACAAGUUCUACUUUUUUUUCUUCUCUUUAUUUCACACAUUUUCGAUCGCAUUAUUUUUGUCUUUUUCUCUCUCAAAAAAAGAUACUUUGUUAGUUUCGUCCGUUCGUUCAUGGGAGCAGAGUAAGGGAUAUGAAUGUGUUCGGGUCACGUGAACUGUACCUUAUUGACUUUUGUUCCAAAUAUCCACACACACACACACCUAAUUUGUAACGUCUCCCUCUAUAUAACUCGUUGGGUUUCUCGGACCUCUGACGCAUAAUCUCGUCCCGAAAACAUACAACACACCAACUCCCCUGUUCUCUCGCUCCCGAAGUUUAUCAUUUUUUUUUUGUCUCGAAAGAAAAACGUUUUGUAUCAUAUGGAUUUUUGUCUAGAUCCCCGUGUAACGAAACCCUGCUAUCAAUAUAUUAUAUAUAUACUAAGAUAACCACGAA